AUGCUCGACAUCGACGACAGCCUCAUCCUCAGCUCAGCUCUCGUCGACGACUACGACACCCUCUCCUCCAUCGACUCUCUCUCCUCUCCUCACAAGAGGCCUCCCUGCUCCGUGCAAGAAUAUGACGUCCAUCAGGCUUCAGUGCCGUCAUUUCGAGCAAAGCAGCUCCAGGCGCUGCAGCACUGCAUCGAGCUGCUUACUCGGGAGGAGAGGCCACGAGUGGUGAACGCGCUGGGGAUCGAGCUUCGGGGAAGAUACAGUCAAGCUCUGCUCGUGAUCUUCAUCUCCCUUUCACUUGCCUCCGCACAAGACAAGAGCGUCGCCAACCAGCCCCUUGCCAAGUGCGACCGAUCCAAGGUCAACGACCCAAAGUUUCCCACUACAGGAUGGCGGCGACAGGAUCUGUGUACGGCAGAGGACGAGGACCAUGGCUCGCACUUUGUUUGCGUCGACAUGCCCUCCGACUUUUGGGCAUCGUCGCCGCAAGAUGCUGCUGAAAACUGGCCAAAGCCUGGGCCAUGGUGCAUCUGCAUGUGGGCGUACGCCUCCUACCUCACCCAGGAGAGCUCGUUCCAGCAGGACCUGAUCUGUGACGCCACCAACCAGUGGGUCCUUCACAAGUACGACAAGUCAGUUCCCAGCCAGUGCAAGGCCCUGAUGUCAAUCUGCAAGCAGUGCGGACUGAGCGAUCCUGUCUGCCCGGCUAGCUGCUGA